AUGACACAGAACCUACAACGGCUGGAUCUAAUUAACCUUUCAGUGGACGAGGUGCCAUUAAUUCUCCAGAACCCGGAGAGCCUGAGGGAGUAUUUCUGCAAAUACGGGGAAAUCACUGAGGUGAUGGUGAUGAAGGACCCGACCACUCGUCGAUCCAGGGGCGGUUUGUCCAUGUGUGAGUCGAGAAAUGGGUUCGAGGACUUGGGGUCGUUGGCUGUGGGAUUUUUGCAUGUUUCCUCCAUGAUGAGGGGUGGGGAUGAAGAAGAAGAAGAAGAGGAGAAACCGGGGGUCUUCGUGACACCACACAAGAAUGCCUUGCGUUGCAACCAAGGGAGAGAACCAGGGGGGGAACCACAUGUUCCAACUCACAUGCUCCAGCCUUCAUCUCGCCGGGAGCAGGCCCGGGGUCCAAUUUCCUGGGCCCUGGCCUGCAGCACGUACCUAGUGCUCAAACCCAAUUACGAGGGCCCAGAAUUUUCCCCAGGCACGACUAAUCAUGUCAAUUUUCUGCUGCUUGAGUGCCGAGGAAUUUCCUCUCCCGGCUCAACAGACCCUUGUGCCGGGCGCGGAAGAGUUGUGCAAAUAACUCGGGUCGGGUACCUGCAAAUCCCGUCAGCGCUUGUUGAGAAAAAACAAAAAAUUCGGGAACCCAGAGAAGCCAAUCCCGUGAAGAAAAACCAGGCGAUGGACACGCCGGGAAUGAACGUGAUGAUCGUCUCGAUUUGUGAGGCCCAGGAACGCGUGUUGGCGAAUCACUGA